AUGGAAACCGUCCGGCCAUUAAAACCGCAGCCGGAAACAUCCGACGUGGAAGACGACGACCCAAAAGACACAUACCACAUCGCCUAUAUCAUCCACUUCUUUCUCGGCGCCGGCUAUUUGAUUCCAUGGAAUGCUUUCAUCACCGCCGUCGAUUACUUCAAUUACAUAUAUCCGACCACCCACAUCAACAAAGUCUUCUCCGUCGGUUACAUGUCCGCCGCCGUCACGGUGCUUGUUACCCUUCUSUGUUGGYCGAAGUCCWGCCGGAUUAAGYURCCGUCGGUGAGAACGAGGAUGAAUUUGGGUCAGGGUUUGUUUAUUUUAGCUCUAAUGGUGGCGCCGGUGACAGACUGGAUCGAUCAUGGAAACCAAACCACCGCAGGAUCAAAUGUAGCAUUUCUGGUGCUUGUUUCCAUGGUUAUGAUCAGUGGUUUAGCCGAUGGUUUGGUGGGUGGAAGUUUAGUCGGAGCCACCCGAGAACUUCCCGGACGCUACAUGCAGGCUGUUUUCGCCGGCAAUGCCACCGCCGGUCUUAUGGUGUCAAUAUUAAGGAUCAUAACAAAAGCAUCGCUUCCUCGCACACAAAAGGGUCUCCGAACAAGCACACAAAUCUACUUCGUGUUCAGUUCACUCAUCGUUCUUCUCUGCGUCGUCUGCACCAACGUUUUGGACAAAUUACCGGUGAUUCGAUUCUACCGGAACCGAAAACACGUCGAUGAUCCGAAAACUCAACUACACAAGUCAAUAGAAACAAAUAACUUCUGGGAAGUCGUGAAGAAGAUCCGAUGGCUAGUAACGUCUGUGUUCCUGAUCUACUUAGUAACACUGUCGAUUUUCCCAGGUUACUUGAGUGAAAACGUUGAAUCGACUUAUUUUAAGGAUUGGUAUCCUAUAGUUCUGAUAACUACGUUUAAUGUCGGUGAUUUUUUGGGAAAGUGUUUGACGGCGAUUCAUGUGCCAAGAGGGACAUAUGGCGCGAUAUGGUGUAGUAUGGGAAGGGUGGUGUUCUAUCCACUUUUUCUGGGUUGCAUCCGCGGACCCAAAUGGAUGCACACCGAGGUUCCCGUGAUCGGAUUGACCUUGAUGCUUGGUGUGAGCAAUGGGUAUCUCACAAGUGUGCUCAUGAUCCUCGCACCUAAGUCGGUCGCCAUCGAGGAAUCAGAGAUCGUUGGGAUCGCUAUGCAAACGUUUUUGGUAGUUGGGUUAGUCGUAGGUUCGGGUUUUGGAUGGAUUUGGAAUCUUUAA